CAACAAUAACCCUUGGCCAAAACCUCACUCACAACAAGGCACAUCAAUUAAUAAUAUCUUAAACAACAUGUCAGCUGCAAGCGUUAUAAAAAACAAACUAAAUAAUCUAAACCUUUACUAUAUCAAACAAUUACUAAAUCAUGACAUGACACAACCCAGGACAUGGCAGGCCCUUCCACAUACAAUAAAGAGAAUACCAAGAGGCAGACAACCAAAAUGGUACAACGAGCUAAUAAUAGAAACAAACCUUUGGCUAGAACACAAUAACACAAGAUUGACACAACCAAACCCAUUUAUAACGCAUAACGAAACACCAAGAAAAAAGAAAUGGAUUAUAUACAAAAACAAAAUAAUAGGCAAAAACAAAACGAAAAUAGAAAAAAUGCUCGAUAAGAAUAAAACUACCAGCAGAAAUAAGUAUUAUACAAGUCGAUUGCAAAAACAAGCUAAGAAGCAACUACGAAGACCUAACAUACAAAUACAUCAAGCAAACAAGCAACAAAAAGACAACAACACCAAUACCAACAACCAAACUACUAAGAACAAACCUAAACAAUAUCGACAAAGCACUUUCAGAUAUGGAAACAAAACUUACAAUAUCGAACAUUCACAAGCAAAUGAGUAG